AUGAUAAAUAAGUCAACUCUUCUAAAUCAUUUAUUUGAUGAUUUUACAAAAGUUUCUUCAAAUGAAAGACAACAGUUGUUGAUAGAAAAAAUUAAAAAUAGAAUAUAAAAUAAAAAAUUCUCUAACUUUUAGGAAAACAAUAUAAAAAACGAAUUUGUCCUUUCAUCUCAAAAAUCUUUUAACGAGCUAAAUCAUAGUGCGCUAAAAAAUUCUUUUAGUUAGCAGACAUACAUUUCUCCUAACUAGACUUUAAAUCAAAUCAUGACUUAAAUAAGAGAUUAGAAUGCUUAAAGCAAACAAGAAGAUCUGAGUUGCACUAUUGAUUCUGCUAAUGAACAAGAAAAAUAUAAAUAGGCCUUUAAACCUCUUAAAAAAAUAAAUCAUAGCUCAGAAAAAAAAAUGUUAUUUAAUGACAUAAAUUAGUCAAUAGAAGAAUUACAAGAAUAAGAAGAUAAUGCAUAUUUACAAUAGAAUGUUUAUAAGCCUUCACUAAAAAAAGAUCCAAUUAAAGAAACUAAAAGGGAGCGAAUAGUCAAACAAUAUUUUUAUGUAAAAGAUUUUUAAAAGAAAGAUGCAUCAAAGGAUACAGAAUAGAGGUCCUUUAAAUUAACUAAAUAAAAAAGUUUGUUGGAUUUAUAAAAGGAUGAAAAUAAAUAGUUUGAAAAUCAAAAUAACCACAUUAACAUCAACAAUAAAAAUUCAUUCAAAUUAAGAGUUUCAAGCAGUUUAAAAGAUUUGAGUAAAUCUCAAAGAUUUUAAAAUAUUAAUAAUUUAGAUGAAUAAAAUCUCUAAAAAGCAUUUGAUAGAAUGCAAAAAUCUUUAAUCAACACAUCACUAAAGCAAUUACAUGAGAAUUAAGUUUUUGUUGAAGAUAAAGAAAAAGAAGUUGAAUUAAAUAUUUAAAGUUAUAAUGUAAAUCUGGAUAAAAUAUAAAUGUUGAAACCUUCAGUUAACGAGGAAUAUGAUGGAGAAGCUUCAAGAAAGAUAAAUAAUGAUUUGAAUUUCAUCUAUUAAAAAAGGCAGUCAAGAAUGUCUAAAGAAGACCUAUCUUUUAUCAAAGAAGCUGUUUAAUAACUUAAAAUGUAAGAUAAUGAUAUUUAAGAACUAGCUAAAAAAACGUUUUAGUCCAAAUAAAGUUUUAUCAAAAAAAGAUCUGUUUCUGAAAAAUAAGAUCGAAGUUUAUCAAAUUAAAAUAAGAAACCUUAAUAUUAUAAUAAAUGGUAUAUCCCACCCUAAUGUUGGCACAUUAAAAAAAAUGAUGAAUCAAACAAAUCAAAUUUAAUCUAAAACCUAUCCAAGAAUCCAGAUUAUAUUUAUCAAAAUAUGUAUACUUAUAAAAAAGAUAAUCCUUUUUCUCUAGAUAAAAUAGAUAAUGAUCCUAGAUAUAUUAAAUUGCAGUUACUAUAAACCCAAGUGAUGAAAAAUUAGAUGGCUAAAAAGCUGAAAAAACAUUUAGAAGAUAGUCAAAUGAGAAUUCCAAAUUACUUAAAAGUAAUCAAUACAAAAAUAGACUAUUUAUGA